UUUUCAAAAGAGAGAGCGAGUGAUAUCAAAUGAAAAAUGUUGUGCUUUGUCAGUGGAGUCUUCUUGUCAAACCCUGCCCAUCAUGAGUUCCUCCUCCGACGAUGACCCGAAGCUCCCUCACGACGUCGCCGUCGAGAUCCUGAAGCGGUUGCCGGCGAGAUCGCUCCUCCGGUUCAGGUGCGUCUCCCGGUCAUGGCGAUCCACCAUUGACGACCCUCGUUUCGUGGCCCUCCACCUGAGCCAUUCCGCUCUCGACGCCUCCAAUUGGCAUCUGGUAUACGAUCCUCUCCAGGACAUGUGCUCUCUGUUACCCAAUGCGUCCCUCACUCGGCCUUCCAAGUCUCAAAUCGAAAUGCCCUUUGCUGCCCCUCUCCACAGUUACGAUUUUGUCGGUUCGUGUAAUGGUUUGAUCUGUGUCACCGGAAGUUUCAUAAUUGGCAGUGAUCCGACGAUGUAUCUGUGGAAUUUAUUCACCAGAAAGCACAAGGCCAUUCCACGACCCGCUCUGGAGAAUCCAAUUCUUCGCGGGAGGGCUGCUUGUAUAAGUUUAGGGUUUGGCUUCGAUGCUGGGUCUAAUGACUAUAAGAUUGUGAGGAUUCUCUUCUGUCCAGCUAACCGUCGACGCUUUGGCCGGACUAAGUGUUCAGCCAAGAUUUAUUCACUCAGUACAGAUUUCUGGAGAAGUUUGGAGUGUGAGGUUCCUGCUUUAUCCUACCACGAACCUGUGGUCUUCUUGAAUGGGAAUCUGCACUGGCUUGCUUUCAAUUGAGAGGAGACUGGAUACGGAUUGAUAAUCUUGUUUGAGGUCGCAGGUGAGGUGUUUGAUGAAAUGACUCUUCCAGAAGAGAUUUCUCACCAAGACAACGGUGGUUAUUGAGUGAUUUGCUGGCUGUGUUUAUUAGUCGUGCAGAGGCAGCUGGGCAUCCUGAAUCUCAUUCUGUUUGUUCUGUCUGGAUUAUGAGAAACUAUGGUGUGCCUGAUUCUGUAUACUUUUGAGGCUAGUGGACUGUUAACCGGAUUCGAUGGCUUCACGCAGAAUGGUGAACUUGUUAUGGAAAUAGACAAUCGAGGACGAAUUAUUCGGAAUCCGAUGACAGGAAGAAUCACACUCCUUCCACUAUCAACACCAUGUGCUUUGGUCAACGUGGUAGAGAGCCUUGUUUCACUUUAGAUAUGAUUUGAUUGCUGCUAUAUGUAUUGGUAUGAAAGAGUGAUGCUUGCGGAGAAGUUGAAAGUUGCAUCUGAAUUGAGAAGAAAUAGCAUAUAAGAUCCAUGUGACUCUAGGUUUCAGCUUUGAUGCUAGUCUAACGAUGAUAAGAUUGUGAGGAUUCUCUAGUCGAGAUUCAUUCACUCAGUACAAGUUCUCUGGAGAAGUUUGGAUAGGUUACUGCUUUCUUCAGUUACAUGCCCUCAUUCUCCUUGAAUGGGGAUCGGCACGGUUUGCUGCAAGUUGGAUGAUCUGGGAGUGGAGAUGCAUCAAUAUACUUGUUCGAUUCGUCAGUGAGGUGUUUGAUGGAAUGGCUCUGCUGGAAGAGAUUAUUCACGAACACAAUGGUGGUCUAUUAGUGACCUUGGAAGUAUUAAAUGACUUGCUAGCUGUGUUCAUUAAUUUCACAGAUGCAGUUGUGCAUCCUGAACUGCAUUCCAUAUGUUGCAUUUGGGUUAUGAAGGAGUAUGGCCUGCCUGAGUCUUGGACUAAGUGGUAUCCUUUCGAGACUUGUGGGCUAGUAGCAAAAUUUGAUGGAGCCUGUGAUGGAAAUGUGUUUCUUGAAUCCAAUUUCAGGAAAUUAAGCAAAUCUUCCACUAUCAACACAAUGGGAUUUGGUCACUGUCAUAAAGAGCUUUGUUUCACUUUGGUUCUGUCUGAGAGUUGAAAGGGACAUCUGAAUUUAGAAGAAAUGGUCAUAUUCAUAUCCACUCUGGCUACAAAAUAAUGAGCAAAAGAAGUGAGGUGGUGCCCAUUUAUUAUCGGUACUAAGCUUUGGAAUGCAUAUGCCUUUUCACAGAGUUUUCAUUUAGACUAAUCAAAGUGUGUUCUGUGUAUGAGUGAAAGCAUGCAACUGAAGACUGCAUCUACACCUUCAGCAUUACCACUACUAGCAGAUUAUAGAUGACGUGGGAAAAAAAGAAGAAAAAAAACCAUAAACAUUUUUCAGCUUCUCCACAUCUUACUCUAUAGCAUUGCAAAGAGUGCAACUACAGACUACUGUGUUUUGUUUCUUAUCUCCUGACUUUUUGGUAGCACUGACAAUGCAUACCUAACAGGCUCGUUUAUUGAUCAAUGUAGACAGUUACACUAAUGGAUUAAGGAAACAUUGGAAAGUAUAUUAUCACCGUACACCUUUCCCCCAAAUGAGUUGUGGGUUGGAAGUUUCAUUCCAUCUUAUGGUACAGUAAUGAUUUGGCACGUUAACAAUUAUUUCAUCAGCCCUGUGGGAAUGUGGUCUGUAGAUGAGAUACUCUCUGCUUCCUCCUUGAUAAGACAUCCGGGAAAGUGAAUUCAAAUUGUAGUUUUCCUCCCAAGUCUGGUGCAAGGUGCUCGAGCUCUUCUUUAUUGAUAGGAAUUCUGGUGAUUGUCAAUCUGAGCUCAACUGGCUCUUGCAAAUGGGGAAUGGCAAAGAACAGCAGAAAGUAAUGUGCUAGUUUCUUUGGCAUGCCAGUAUAUAAUUUAUCUGGAAAGCUUCAUGGCCAAGCUGCUGCUUCGUGGACGAUGUUCUUAGAUUCAUCAAUGUUUUAGUUUAACAUCAAUUUGGAGUUUAUCGAGUUUCAAGGGGAUAUUCUUAGAUCGAUCAAAUUUGAAAUCUGUCGAGUUCAGCAUCUGUUUGAUGCAACGCCUUAGAUUUGUGUAGUUCAUGCUUGUUUGAGUACAGUUUGUAAUUGUUGUCUCUGUCCUGUUGGGCGGCGUGUGGGAAUAUUCCCCUUAAUGACCCUCUUGUUUUAUGAAGUUGAUGAUGCAAUGUAUCAACUUAUCUGAAAAGAGAAUUACAGUUGUCCUUUA